CGUGCACAAAAUUUCUUGCGGCCACGUGGGAAGUUCUUUGAAAAAUUUUUAUACGCAUACGUUUAAAGUAAUUUAACUUAAUUUUUAUAAUUUCUUUUUUUUUCUUUUGCAGUGAAUAAAGUGAAUGACGUCGAGAAUCGUUUUGAAACAUGUUUUUUUUUUCUUAAAAAUAGUUUUCUCAUCUACUUUUCAUUCCGGGAGUGCUCGAAUUAUUUUCAAACCGCGAUCGAUUUAAAAAUAUAAUGAGUAUCUUUUUUUAGUUUUUAAUAGUCAUUCGGGAGUAUUCGAAAAUUUCUUUAAAAUCGUGUUAACGAUAAAUCAAAAAAAAAGUUUUUUUUACAAUAAAGUGAUUUUUUGAGUGCUACGCUGCAGGGAGAUCAUCUUUAUCAUCAACAUCAUCAGCGUCAGUGAAGAGACAACGUUGCAGGUUGGAGAGAGCGGACGAAGAAUCAACAAUUUUAAGUUCGUCAUCGGAACCGGUCAUGACAGGAACAUACCGGAGAUCGGUGAGUACAGAAAGCACAGGAGAAGAUGAGGAUAACGUUAGGGGUGUGGAAAACCCUAAUGAAGGGAUUGGUAACGAGGUAGAAUAUCACUACCAGAUGACAAUGUCAGGUAGCUCAAGGGGCUACUCGACCGUGGGGGGUUAUCCCCAUGGGGUCGACCAACACCUCAACUUUGACCCUGAAGAUCCACCGCCAGCUCCACCAUCUAUACAAACACAAUCCACAAUGCACUUUCUUGAUAAGCCGGAAAUCGACAAAAAAGUCAAGAGACACAGUAUUCAUGGCAUGAUGGAGGAGGAGAACGUGAUAAGGCCUCACCAGGAAAUGGGAAGUCUCUCAUUAGAUGAAAAGAAAUUUCUCCUAGCUGUUGAACGUGGAGAUGUGGCUUCAGUCAGAAGAAUGUUGCAGAGGGCCCAGGAGACAGAUUACAUAAAUGUAAAUUGUGUCGAUCCGUUAGGAAGGACUGCGCUGCUUAUGGCGAUAGAUAACGAGAAUUUGGAAAUGGUGGAGCUGCUGAUAGAAUAUAAAGUGGACACAAAAGACGCGUUACUUCAUGCGAUAUCGGAGGAAUUCGUUGAAGCUGUUGAGGUCCUUUUGGAACACGAGGAAACCAUUCCACGGGCAAGUGGAGCACCACACGUAAGCAGUCCCGUAUCGCCUGCUGCUUGCAAUAUGCCCGAUUGUAGUCUUAGUUGGGAAGCUUUGCCGGCUGAUACUGCAACUUUCACGCCGGAUAUAACACCUCUGAUCCUCUCUGCUCACAGAGAUAAUUACGAGAUAAUAAAGAUCCUCCUCGAUCGUGGAUCCACUUUACCCAUGCCCCAUGACGUUCGUUGCGGGUGUGAUGAGUGCGUGCAAUCAAGGAUCGACGACUCACUUCGACAUUCCAGGAGUAGAAUAAACGCCUAUCGUGCAUUGGCAUCACCGUCAUUAAUCGCCUUGUCCUCUAAGGACCCCAUCUUAACGGCCUUUGAACUCUCCUGGGAGCUUCGUCGUCUUUCCUUUCUCGAGCAUGAAUUCAAGUGCGAGUACCAGGAGCUUAGGAAACAAUGCCAAGACUUUGCCACUGCCUUAUUGGACCACACGAGAAGUUCACGGGAACUUGAAAUCCUCUUGAAUCACGAUGCGAAGGGGCCUACUUACGAGCAUGGGGAAAGAAUGCACCUGAGUCGACUCAAGUUAGCUAUUAAACUUCGUCAAAAAAAGUUUGUCGCGCAUCCAAAUGUUCAGCAAUUGCUGGCAUCGAUUUGGUACGAGGGCCUUCCGGGCUUUCGGAGGAAGAAUAUGUUUCUUCAGGCUGUGCAAAUCGUCCGUAUUGGAAUGUUCUUUCCACUUUACAGUGUGGCCUAUAUAAUAGCCCCUCACAGCACUAUCGGUCUAACCAUGAGGAAACCGUUCAUCAAAUUUAUCUGCCACUCUGCAUCCUAUUUUACAUUUUUAUUCAUGUUAAUUUUAGCCAGUCAGAGGAUCGAAAGUGUGAUUGGAAAUUGGAUGGGAAAUGUAUUUCCUUCCGAGGAGCACGAUCCAACGCCAACAAAACGAGGAGCCGCCCCCACAAUAGUCGAAUGGUUAAUAUUGGCCUGGGUUUCCGGACUGAUUUGGUCGGAGGUAAAGCAAUUGUGGGACGUGGGCCUUGAAGAGUACGUGAACGACAUGUGGAAUGUGAUCGACUUCGUAACGAACUCGUUGUACGUGGCAACCGUUGCAUUGAGGGUGGUCGCUUACUAUAGGGUACAAAAAGAAAAUGAGGGUCGUGACGCCGGAUCAAUCAUAGAACUUCAACGAGAAGAGUGGGACACUUGGGAUCCAAUGCUUAUAUCCGAGGGACUAUUUUCGGCUGCCAAUAUUUUCAGUUCUUUGAAGUUGGUGUACAUUUUUUCUGUGAAUCCACACUUGGGACCCUUGCAAGUUUCUCUGUCGCGAAUGGUGAUGGACAUUAUGAAAUUCUUCUUUCUCUACGUUUUGGUCCUGUUUGCUUUCUCCUGUGGGCUGAAUCAACUUUUAUGGUACUACGCGGAUUUGGAGAAGAAAAAGUGUCCCACUGCCUCGGCAAAUCCUCAAAAUGCAAAUGUAACCAAUAUGGAUCCAAAUGCUUGCAUCGUUUGGCGCAGAUUUGCAAAUUUGUUCGAGACAAUACAAACGCUUUUUUGGGCAGUAUUCGGAUUGGUGGAUCUUGAAAGUUUCGAAUUGGAUGGCAUCAAAAUAUUCACACGAUUCUGGGGAAUGCUCAUGUUUGGCACAUAUUCUGUUAUCAAUAUUGUCGUAUUAUUGAAUCUUUUAAUUGCCAUGAUGAAUCACUCCUAUCAAUUAAUAUCGGAACGCGCUGACGUUGAAUGGAAAUUUGCAAGAAGUAAACUGUGGAUAAGUUAUUUUGAAGAAGGUGGAACGGUACCACCGCCCUUUAAUAUUAUUCCAACACCAAAAAGUGCCGGUUAUGUUUUCAUGUGGAUGUAUCGAAAAGUUUGCGGACACAGUAGAGCCGCAAAAAAGGAGCAUAUGCGAACAAUUAGGAACAGAAAAAACAUAUGGAAAAUUCUAGGGAUUACAGAUUUCAUCACAGGAGCAAUUCUAUUUUUCCAGAGAAAACAGAAGCAGGCGUCGGAGCGCGAUUUCCGGUAUCAACAAAUAAUGAGGAAUCUCGUAAGACGUUACGUGACUGUCGAACAAAGAAGAACAGAGGGCGAGGGUGUCACUGAGGAUGAUGUCAACGAAAUCAAACAGGACAUUAGCGCAUUUCGUUGUGAGCUCAUCGAGAUUCUUAAAAAUUCCGGAAUGAAUACAUCGACAGCAAGCGGUGCAACUGACGGUAGCGUGAAAGAGUUGUCCAUAGGUGCGGGUGGUAAGAAGAAUCGUCAAAAGGAGAGAAGACUGAUGAAGGGCUUCAAUAUUGCACCACAACCAUCGGGCAGUGGUCAAUUGCCGCCAGUCGCUGAAUUUACUGCAUCACUUCAACAUUCACACGAUGAACAGCAAUCGCAUGAACUUUUCGGCAGUACAUUGAGCGGUAUUUUUGGUUCGAGUAUCGCACCAAAACGACAUCACACCAGUACAAAUAGUGUACCGGGACUUGGUAGUGGUGGACAAAGAAUGAAUCGUGAAUCGAGAAGUGAUUCGAAAAAACGACGCUGGGGAACAAUUAUUGAAGCUGCCAAAGCUGGUAGAGUCUCCAGGCUGAUUGGAAGAUCACGUUCGGAGGACUCGGUCUAUUCACCAGGAUCCGAUGAGGGUGGUUCAAGAUCGGAAGGUUCGUCUGAUUCAAAAUCAUCAUUGGAUGCACCAUCUCAGGAUUCACAUCCUCAUCAUCCACAUCACAUGCAACAUCAUCAUCAUCAUCAUCAUCAUUCACAACAACAACAACAGCAACAACAACAUGAAAGCCACAAUGUGUUCGGUCACGGUCUUGGACCAGCAUUUGCCGCAUUGAAGAAGAAGCGAAAAAAAUUUUCUACAUCACGAUCGUCAACCCCAUCGGUGUCAAGUACGACGACACCAGUCGAGAGUGUCGUACAGCCAAUUGCCACUGUAUUGGCGUCGCGAAUGUCACGAUUGCAAUUGCAACGUGCCUCGAGUGUGCCAACUCGAAGUCCCGAUCUUGCAAUGCAAUCGAUUCCACCGAGAAGUCACGAGGUCAUUCAGAGUCAACAGCCGAGUCUCGACGCUGCCGAAUCAUUUGGUCCAGGUGAUCAAGGUAUGUCAGUUAAUGCGAUUCCAUUAACACCAUCGACAACUGAGGAGAGUGUUGUCACAUCGGGUAAUUUAUCAACGGCGCUCAAGAAAAAUGGCUCAGCAACACAACUACAACGUAUUCUGCCCGGAAUCGAUCCCAUUGCUGGACAUGACACAACAUCGGGUUGGCUUUGAUGGCGGUACGAGAACAUUAAAACCUUUAUAUCGCUCUCGAGUCUAAUUCAAUACCUAUAUGUAUAUUCUUCACGCUUUUGAGAUUAACUAUAAAAAAAAAAAAAAAAAAAUGGUGAGAGAAAAUUUCUACAUUAAUACGUGCGGAAAGGUUGGUUGAAUUAAUUUCACAAAUAUUCGACACCACUCACACAUCCCUUUUUUCAUUAAGAAAAAAAAAACCCUUCCAUCAUAGACGCACAAUGAUGCCUUCGUGACAACGUGCUUCGUUAACUACGCUGUCUAUCGAAUUACCAAAAAAACAAGAAAAAUUUCUCUAGUCUUUUAUCACUGUUUUAAGCUAUUGACUAUUUAUAUAAUUUUAUAUUUCAAAAUGAUUUUUUGUUUCUAAACAUAAUUUUUUAAUCUACGAAAAAAAAUUUUCGAAAAAGGAAAAAUUAAUAAUUUUUAAUUAAUAAUCUUCGAAAAUUUUUAUACUCGAUGAUAUUAUUUAAAGGAAGGAAACAUUAAUCGAUAUGAUUUAUUGAUUUUUUAGGUAUAAUAAUUGAUUGGUUAAUUUAAUUA